AUAAUGUCUUCGGUCUGUGUGCCGGGAGUCACGUCUCUUCUGCUUUGUGAGAGACAUGGAUGGAGUUUCGAUGAAAUCCAUUCAUACUAAUUCUGACUAAAAAAAGAGUUCGAGACGACGCGCACGUUCAUUGCAUCGCAGGAAAGCUUUAAAAAGGAGGCGUAGGGUCACCUUGCUGUUCAGUACACUGCAUUACAUAUUCGAGCGUUCCCAGGUUUAUAACAAAACGUUGUAAACGUUAUCAUCAUCCACUUCAAGUCAACAUUAUUAGAUCAAGAAAAUGGGUACGAAAGAGGCGCUCUUUACCAACGUUUCGAUUCCGGUCAGAUCUUCCGGAAAUAAGGUGACAGUCGUUGGUGUAGGGCAGGUGGGAAUGGCGUGCGCCUUCAGUAUUUUAACACAGCACGUGUCCAGUCACGUUUGUCUAAUCGAUUGCGUCGAAGACAAAUUGAAGGGAGAACUGCUUGACCUGCAGCACGGAUCGUCUUUCGUCAAGAAUGCCAAAGUUGAGGCGAGCACCGAUUACGCAAUCAGUGCCGGUUCUAAGGUAUGCAUAGUGACGGCGGGCGCUAGGCAACGCGAAGGAGAGACCCGUCUGGAUUUGGUUCAGAGGAACACCGACAUCAUGAAGUUCAUCAUUCCUCAGCUGGUCAAGUAUUCGCCGGACACGAUCCUCGUCAUCGUUUCGAAUCCUGUGGACAUCCUCACGCACGUCGCGUGGAAGCUGAGCGGUCUGCCCAAGCACAGGGUCAUCGGUUCCGGCACCAAUCUGGAUUCCUCCAGGUUCAGGUUCCUGCUCUCCCAAAGAUUGGGCGUGGCGCCGACCAGUUGCCAUGGUUAUAUUAUAGGAGAGCACGGAGAUUCGAGCGUCGCUGUUUGGUCUGGCGUAAAUAUAGCGGGCGUCCGUCUGAGGGAGUUGAAUCCGAAAAUGGGAAGCGCGAAUGACGCGGAGAAUUGGAGCCAGCUGCAUCAACAGGUCAUCGACAGUGCAUACGAAGUGAUCAAACUCAAAGGGUACACUUCUUGGGCAAUCGGCCUGAGCGUUUCGCAUAUAGUCGGUGCUAUUAUCAGGAAUACCGGAAACAUUCAAGCUGUUUCCGUUCACGUGAAGGGUUUACAUGAUAUCGAACAGGAUGUCUUCCUAUCGUUACCAGCAGUUUUAGGCGAGGAAGGCGUCACUGAUGUGGUCAACCAGAUAUUGUCGGUCGAGGAAAAGGGUAAAUUGCAGUCAUCGGCAAAGUUGAUGGCCGAAGUUCAGGAUGGCUUACGAUUCUAAAUUUACUUAUUGUUAUUAGAGAGCCUUACUUUCAUUUUAAGCAUGCCGUUAUUAUUCAACAUAAAUAUUUGAUAUUUUUUUUUAUUAU